AUGGUGCUGACUUUGAGAAAUUACAUCCAUAUGAAUAGGGGAAUUAGCACCCAAAAGUACAAUGAUGUUCUUUCUAUAAGAAUUUUCAAUGAAAAAGAAAUCAUAAAAAUGAAGAUGGGGUCCUAUCUUGGUGUGACUGCAGCAGCCACUGCAAAUCCUCCCAAGUUUAUCCACUUGUGUUACAAACCUCCCAGUGGACUUGUAUCAGCCAAAUUUGGUUUAGUUGGUAAAGGAAUUACCUUUGACAGUUGUGGUUACAACCUUAAAACAGGAGCCAACAGUAACAUUGAAACAAUGAAAAAUGACAUGGGAGGGGCAGCAGCAAUUUUUGGUGCAGCCAAUGCCAUUGCAGAAAUUAAACCUCUCGGUGUAGAGAUUCAUUUUGUUACUGCUGCCUGUGAGAAUAUGAUAAGCGCAACUGGCAUGAGACCUAGUGAUAUUGUCACUGCUUCAAAUGGAAAGACAAUUGAGGUCAAUAACAUUGAUGCUGAAGGCAAACUUAGCCUUGCUAAUGCAUUGAUAUAUACUUGUAAGCUGGGUGUUGAUAAGAUUAUUGACUUGGCUACUCUAAUUGGUGCUUGUAUAACUGCACUUUGCAGAUUGUUACAAACUUCAUUUUUGUUUCCAGGUGCCUUUACACCAAAUGAAGACCUAGCAAAAGAGGUGUUUGCUGCGGCAGAGAGGGGCGGUGAGAAACUAUGGAGGUUGUCAUUAGAUCGAAAGGUUUUUGUAUGGUUAACAUAUACAUAUGGGAAGUAA